CACAGCCAGGUGCUCCACGCCUGGCGCCCCGCAUCGCGCCCUCCCCCUUCUCCUCCUUCCCUUCUCCCUCCUCCUCCUCCUCCUGCCAUCCUUGGGCCCCCUCUCACUGUGCCCCCCCCCCCCCUGUAACUUGCUCUUUGGUCUUAGAUCUCACCCUGCUGCUUGCUUGCCGGUCUGAUGGCCGGCCCGGCUGCAGGCCCCCGACUUGGGGGCUGUCCCCAGUGUCUGGAAGAUGGCGAAAUCGCGGAGGACGCCGCCAAUGGACAGAUGGUGUGUGUUGUUUGUGGCCUGGUGAUCGAGUCUUCCAUUCUGUCCUUCGCCCCGCCACCGCCCUCGGCCCAGGCAACCUCCACUUCAAGUCUCUCGGUGCAGAAUCGCAUCGACUCCGAGACGGUCAUCGGCAGUCUGUAUGCCGAACGGCGCUUCGGCAGCCGGGCGGCGAGUGACCGCACGCCCGGCCACCGGGCCCCCGAUAGCAUGGCCGCCCCGGGCAGUGGGGAGGCCGGCCGGUCGGCGGGUGUCCGAACCCUGCGAGCCGACCCGCUAGCCGCCUGCCGGAAGAUCGAGGAGUGGGCACACUCACUUGGCCUGCCGGUGGAGCAAUCGGAGUCGGCGCAAUUUCUCCUGGUCAACCUGCUCGAGGACCCGCCCAAGGAUCAGGCCGGUCGGCAGGCGGUCGGUCCGCCUGGGCGAUCGUCCACCUGGGCCGGGGUCCGUCCACGCGCUCUGCUCGCCGCGGCCUGUCUGCAUGUCAUGUGCCUGAAAGUGGGCCGUGCCAUCACACACGAAGAACUUGCGACCAUUGCCCGAGUGCCUGUCAAGCGUCUUCGUCAGAUGGCCACCCGUGUGCGACUCUAUUUCCUCCGGGAGCAGCAGGCCCCCGUAGCCAUGGGACCUUCUCCCGGGGGUCCCCCCUCCCCAGCUGUGCAAGCGCCCCCCGGGACAUCGUCUCUCCUGCAUGGCUCGGUGCCCGAGGCCCCAGCCUACCUGGAGCGCAUUGUCGCGCGACUGGAGGAUGACUUCUUCGUGCACCACUUGCCAGCCAGCCACAUGGCCAUCCUGCAAGGGGAGACAUUCUUCCCGCCGCCAUCCGUGCCGAGCCAAACGCCCUCAAGCCGGGCGCCGCGGCCCCCGGUCCUCGAGCGAAACCCGCGCAUACUGCGAGCCGGACUUAUGCGGCGUGCCCAAUCAUUUGCGGGGCUUCUGCGCGCGGCGUUCGAUGCCGAUGCCACUGCCGCCGGGCGUUUGCCGAUGGAGCCUGGGCAAUCGGCCGAUUGGACACGUCCCUCACUCGGCGCGGCAUCCGGACGCCAGCCGCAGUUCCUGGCCAAUCGGGGCCUGGCCAUUGCCUCGUUGAUCUUGGCCCUCCUGCCGCUGGGACCGGAUCCCCCGGACCCGACGACCCCCUUCGCCCUGGCACAAUCCUGGCCCCUUGUCUGUCGCCAGGCCACGGGGUGUCUUGCGGCCGCCUCGUCCCUGGUGUCUCGCGAGCUGGAAAUCUCCUACGGCCCGCUUGGCAUCGAUUUCCCAUGUGACCCCCCUGGGCCUGGCCAAUCCGCCGAGGCGGUGGCGGGCCCUUCAGCCAACACCCCUCGCGAUGCCUCCGUCGGGCUGGCCGGCAUCCCGACGACCUACUCGUCAGCGACAUUGGCCCGGCUGGCCCGACGGGGAGCUGCCCUCCUCUUGCGCCUGGCCGCCACGCACAUGCCGUACCUCUUCCCGGACUUGUCCCACCGGGCCUCGAUCGAAUCACACCCCCGGCCACGCGAAGUGGACGCCCUCUUGCCGCUGGUGGCUCCCCUGUUGGCAGACCUAGCGCGCAUGGUGUACCUCCUGGGCCCAUGUCUCUCGGACCCGGGGACCAUCGCGCAUGGCCCGGCCUCCAGUCCCGAUCCCAUGCCCUCGGCUCGGGGCUACGAUCUGGAGGAUGACCAGCGACUUGAUCGGGAGGCCGAACAGUACAUCCGGCCGGCGGCCGAGGCGCGUUUGGUGCGGGAACUCAAUGAGUCUCUCGGGUUUUGGGAUGCCUCGCCACCCUAGCAGGCGUCCACGCAAGCAAACGCAUCCAGCCAGUCCAAACCAAUAGAUCCAUC